GCAAAGGUUUGCUUAAGAAGCUAGUUGUCCUACCUCGUGGAACAGUAGAGUUUCAAGUUAUUUUUGGAAUUGCCCUUAAAGAUACCAAUAUGAGUUGCUUCAGUUUCUUGAAGGUCAUGAUGGUUUUGUUUAACCUGGCCAUAGCUCUUGGUGGAGCAGUGCUCCUGGGCAUUGGAAUCUGGGUCAGUGUUGACAGCAGUUCUUUUGUCAACCUGUUUGGCCCACUGUCCUCCAACGUCUUGCAGUUUGUGAAUGUGGGCUAUCUCCUUAUCGCCAUUGGAGCUGUUCUGUUCGCAUUGGGCUUCCUAGGAUGCUGUGGAGCUCAAAAAGAGAGCAAGUGCCUUCUGAUCACGUUCUUCUCCAUUGUCCUGAUCAUCUUCAUAAUCGAAGUUGCUGCUGCAGUAGUGGCUCUGGUCUACACAUCUGUUGCAGAGACUAUAUUGCAAGGAACAGUAACACAAACAUUGAAAAAGGACUAUGGAAAUAAUGAACAAGUGACCGGCAUGUGGAAUAAUACAAUGUCUGAUUUGAAUUGCUGUGGCUUAAUGAACUACACAGAUUUUGAUGACUCAUUCUACUGGAAUAAACACCACCAUUAUCCAUCAUUUUGCUGCAAAAACACCACUGAAUGCACUGCGACAUUAGCUCAUAGCUCUGAAAUACCAGGCUGCUUUCCAAAGUUGCUGUCUGACAUACGUUCAAAUGCUGGUGUGGUGGGAGGAGUUGCAGCUGGGAUCUGUGUGCUGGAGAUUGCAGCAAUGGCUGUGGCAAUGUACCUGUACUGUCGCCUAGAUGAGAAGUGACUAGGAUAGAAGCCUAGGAGGAUCCCCAACCAGAAGGCGGGAGAAUGGCGCACACAGCAAUCUUUUUUAAAACCUGUGUCCACAGCAAUCAAACAUUUGUUGGGCCUGAGGCAUGUCAUGUGAUUAAUUAUUUGACUCUACUGAGCUGGAAUCUGUAGUAUGUACAUAAAUUAAAAGUGGUAUGAUAUGAAAUUUUUGUCAUGCAGAGGGCUCUUGUGUCAAAAGCCAGAGAUAAGGAUACCAAAGACUGAAAGGAAGGCAGUGUUUCUCCCUUCCAGAAGGGCCUCUGUUACUGCAGGGAACUUUCAACUGACUUGGAUACCUGGGCAUCCUGAGACUAUUAUGAAAUCUCUCUUUCUCUCUCUUUCUCUGGGAGAAUGAAUGGUUCAGAAUGCUGCUGAUUGUUUUAAAAGGCUCCCAUUCCUAUGCAAAUAAUAGUUCUAACCUCCAGAUGAUAUAAAUGGGAGUCAAUCACACUCCUUUUUGUAAAUACCCACCUAACAAACUACUAAAACCAAAAAAACAGCUAGCUGUUUGGGGAUGGGGAUGUGUGGAUAGAAGAGAGGAUCAGUUCUUCUCUGCAUAUCAGUGUGUGUGGGAACUGAAUUUGCCUCACCCCUCCCCUACUUCCUCCCCUCCCCUAUAUGCUAAUUGUGACAAACCAAAAUCUGUCUGGACUUCUGGAUAAGCUAGACAUAUCAGAAGAGAGUUCCACCUAUAGCAAGUCUUAUUGUAUAUUAAGUCAGUUCUCUAUAUAUGUAUUUUUUUACUCUUUGUGGAUACAACUUAAUUUAUAAUUUAACUAAAAUUGUACUGUUUGCACAUUGAUUAUUGCAAUAAAAUCUACUUUUUAAUGAA